AUGCCACCAAGAUCGCCAACACAAAAUGUAUACAUUGGCUAUGGUACUGUUGUUACUCCUACUGCUCCUGUUGCUGCAGAUGACAUAGAUUCCAAGGUUGGUAGUGAUGAUGAUGAUAAUAAUGACCAUGAUGACUAUGCAUCAUUGCAAUAUAUAAAAGUGAAAGAAAUCAGCUCCCAGAUCACCAAGAGAAUGGGUGUACAGUUCCGGGAUUAUGAAAUGCGACUGAAAAAAGAUGUUGAAAAACUGCCACCAGUUGACCUCAUAACCAAAUCACUUGAAGAGAUGCUGAAUUUUGCCAAACAACAAUCACAGUUCCGGAAAGGUGAUAAAAUUGAUCUCGGAGUAAGUAACCCUCAAUUCGGCCAUCGCUAUAUUUCCACGGGUUAUAGAAAAGAAGAUGAUCAUAUUCAUGCAUUAAAGGAGAAAUUAAUGCAAAUCCUUACUUCAGAUCAGAAUGUCGAUCUCUUCCAGUGUACAUUCAACGUACACACAAUAACCAUGCCACGUGGUGGAGCAAGAACACGCAUAGUUAAUCUAGCUGAAGAUUUGCACACUAAGAGAAGCGUUGUCAAAAUAAGAAAUGAUGAUAACUUGUGUGGACCAAGAGCCAUCAUAGUAGGACUCACUUAUUAUCCAAAUAAUAUUCUUGGUCAUGAGUUAAACGCCUCUGACAUUAAAAACACCAGGAUUGGUAGACUUAUUCAAAAAGAACUUGCUGAAGAAUUGUGUAGACGCAUUGGAUACAAUUUGGAAGAUACUCAUGAUGGAUUCACCAUUGAGGAUUUCAAAAGAGUAGAAGAAGAACUCGACAUUCAAAUAACAGUACUCAAUGCAGAUUUCAACAACAGUGUAUGCUACAGAGGUGAUGAAAAAGAUGUCAAGAUCUAUCUCUACAAGCAAGGUGACCACUUUGACACAAUCACAAACAUGAAAGGUUUCUUUGGAUCCAAGAACUAUUGUGAAAAAUGCCUGACAUCUUACUCGAAGAAGGAUAAGCACACAACCUGUGUGAAAGGUCCCAAAUGUUAUCUAUGCAGAGAUGUGAAACACGAUCCUGAAAGUGUUAGGCGUGUUUUUUGUGAAGAUUGCAAUAGAUACUGCAUGAAUGAACAGUGUCUGAACCAGCAUAAAUCAUUUGUAUGCAAAACAUGGUACAAAUGUAAGACUUGUAAUGAGCUGGAAAGACGCGAUAAUGCAGAAAACCAUAAGUGUGGUUAUGCCAAAUGCCGGAACUGCAAGCAAAUUGUGGAGAAAGCAACUCAUAAAUGCUACAUGACAAUGACAAGCGCCAAGGGUGGAAAAUGUGAAGGAGGCUGCCAGAACUGUGAUCCAACAUCAAAGACCAAAAAUAAAAAGUGUACCUACACUGAAAAGUACAUUUUCUUCGAUUAUGAAGCUCAGCAAGAGACGGGUCAACAUAUACCAAACCUGAUUAUUGCUCACGAUUUUUCUGGAAAUGUCUACAGCUUCAAUACUAACGAUGACUUCUGUGCAUGGCUCAUUAGUAGAAAGCAUAAAAACUACACCGCUAUAGCUCAUUAUGCACGAGGAUAUGAUGCCCAUUUCAUUCUUCAAUAUUGCCUGAAACAAACAAUUUUACCUAAGACAAUUUAUAAUGGCAGCAAGUUAAUGGAACUGAAGAUCAAGACCCUCAAAUUACGUAUCAUCGAUAGUCAUUGUUUUGUUCCAUCUGCACUUUCAGACUUUCCAAAGACUUUUGCACUAACUGAAUUGUGUAAGGGAUACUUUCCUCAUUUAUUCAACACUGUUGAAAAUAAGAAUUACAUCGGAAAAAUACCAGAUAAGAGAUUCUACUGCGCAAAUCGUAUGAAACCUGAUGCUCGAAAAAAAUUUAUUGAUUGGCAUAAUGCAAGAGUUGCUGAAGGCUAUCAAUUUGAUAUGCAAAAAGAGCUCUUUGCCUACUGCAAUUCAGAUGUGGAUAUUUUACGGCGUGGAUGCUUACAACUUCGAAACGACUUCCUGGGUAUUGCUAACAUCGACCCCUUUUGUUAUAUCACCAUUGCUAGUGUAUGCAUGGCUACUUAUCGUAGCAUGUACCUGAAACCCAACACCAUAGCUGUCCUCAACAAGGAGUUGAGUGAUCAGUUCUCAGAAAUUUCACUUAUGUGGUUGAAAUCUCUCAGCAAUAGCGAAAAUAUUACUCAUGCUGGUAAUGGUGGUGAAGUAUCCUUAUGUGGUGUUAAAGUUGAUGGUUUUGAUAGUGAUACCAACACUGUGUACCAAUUCCAUGGGUGUUUCUGGCAUGGUUGUCCAGAUUGUUACAACGAAGAAACUGUCAAUAAGGUAAACAAUUACAGCAUGGGUGAUUUAUACCAGAAGACAAUGGAUCGUACCGAACAACUGAGACUAGCUGGAUUUACUGUCAUAGAAAUGUGGCAAUGUAAAUGGUUAAAAUCAUCCGAAUAUCGUAAUUACAAGGCCAGCAACAUUACCCAACAAAUCACCAACCCCCUCAACCCAAGAGAUGCCUUCUUUGGAGGUAGAACCGAAGUUUUUAAGUUGAAGAAAGUAGUUGAUGGUGUGAAAGAAAAAAUCAACUACAUCGAUGUAUGUUCAUUGUAUCCCACAGUAAUGUAUUACGACGAUUAUCCAGUUGGACAUCCUACGAAGAUUUAUUCACCUGCUAAUCAUGAUCCGAGUUGGUUUGGUUUCAUAAAGUGCAGAAUCUUGGCACCGUAUGAUCUGAUCAUUCCUCUGUUACCUAUCAAAGUGAUGAUGAAUAAAACUGAGAAACUAUUAUUCCCAUUAUGCUUAAAAUGUGCCAUUGAAAGUCAACGGAAAUGUGAACACUCCGCUACCGAGCGUCAAUUUGUUGGUACAUGGUCGACAGUUGAGGUUAACAAGGCCAUCGAAGUUGGAUACAAGGUUCAAGAAAUCUACGAAGUCUGGCAUUUUGAAAAAUCCAAUGAAAUGUGGCAGGAGUACAUCAGUGCAAUGAUGAAAAUCAAGCUAGAAACUAGUCCACAUGGCUACUCUACUAACACGGAAUAUGCUGAAGCAGUGGAAGAACACUACAACAUCAAGUUGGACAUCGACCAGAUAAUACCUAAUCCAGGCAGAAGAGCCGUUGCGAAAUUGUGUUUGAACUCCCUUUGGGGAAAAUUUGGUCAACGGUUGAACAUGAGCCAAACAGAAUAUCUCACCGAUCCUAAUCAGCUUUAUAAACUACUACUUGAUGACCGUUUGGAAAACUUACGUCUUGAAUAUGUGUCCGAAGAAAUGGUUCAAGUGAACUACAGGCAUAAGGAUACAUUCAUCGAAGACAACUGCAAAACCAAUAUUUUUGUUGCUGCAUACACCACAGCUAAUGCAAGACUUCGAUUGUAUGAUUUACUUCAUGAACUUGGUGAUGCUGCCCUCUACUGCGACACUGACUCAAUUAUCUAUGUAGAUAAUGGUCUAAAUACAGUAAAAACUGGUGAUUUACUUGGCCAAUGGACUAAUGAACUCGGAGAUGGUGUGUACAUAACCAAAUUUCUAUGUACAGGUCCAAAAUCGUAUUAUUACAUCACCAAUACUGAGAAAGAGUGUACAAAGGUGAAAGGAUUCACCCUCAACUUUGCAAAUGCCAGGCAUAUUAAUGGUAAGGCCAUGGAACGAAUGCUUGAACAUGAACUUCAUUGUGUCUGUGUUACCAAUGUAAAUAUCACACGUAAUAAGAAUACCAAACAACUUACUACUGUGUAUCAACCCAAAAAAUUCACCUUUGAAUUUAAUAAACGCUUAAUUUGUAAUAACUAUUCAACUAUACCUUACGGAUAUAAGCAAUAG